AAGAGACAACACCAUUUAUUAAUAGUUGAAACUGUAACACAGCUAGACAGAUCUUAUGAAUUGCAUACUAGACACAGGCAAAAAUUCUAAAAGCAAGAACUAAAGGACGUUUGGGUGGAAGCUGGCCUUACAUCGUACAGCAGAGCUGAAAAUUUACCUGGAUUCUCAAGCUAAAAUAAACCUAAUUUAUAGACACUUGUCAUGUUAUAUACACAUAUUUCAUCUCUUAAUGCUAAGUUAAAGGCAAUAACUAAGUGAUUUCCCACACAGCUCCCAGCUCUGAACUGUAAUCUUCCAGUCAGACUGCUUGAAAGAGAACUGAACAUUGUGGGUCAAAGGCCUGAGGUCAGGCCAAGAAUAUAAUCACAACAUGGAUAUAAGUCUAAGGGUUUUGCCCUUGUACUAGGCCCUGUUUUCUAAAAGUGGAAAGCCAUGAAAACAGCAAAAAAGCUAAAAGAGGGAGAAAAAGUUACAGUUGGAUGACUGGAAAAUUUAUUUAAACUACUUUACAGAAGACUUUAGGUCAUAGUCUCAAAGUGGGGUGCAGGAAGAAAAUGAAUUUGGUACCUUUGCUAAAUACAACUUAAGAGAAUUUUGAAACACUGUUGUUUCAUUUUUAUUUUUGUGUAUGUUUUAUAACAUAUAUAUUAGUACUGAUGUAUAUGUAUAUAAUUCAGAAAUAAAAAUAUACUGAAGGUGAGUGCUCACAAACUUUUUGCUGAUAGGGUGAAUAAAAAAAGCGGAAAGCACUGCCUCGGAUCAUUCUUCUAAGUCUUCGACAAGAAGGUAAGAAAUACUAGAAAGCUUGCACUCUGAAAUAACAGGACAUGCUAGCAAAACCAAAGCAGUAUUUUGACCACAGUUUGGGGAAAAAAGGCAGGAAGUUUGCCCUUCUGUCUCUGAGUGAACUCUACCUGUGGGUCCGAUAAUUUGUGUUUUUUCUCCUAAUUUUCAUGUUCUACACCUCACCGCCUCCAAUCCAGAAAGAGAUAAUGCUUUAAGUAGUAACGUAUCCAUUUCCACACAUUUUCAAACACUGGACAAGUCUCCUCCUUUAUCAUACCCCUCUCUGCAAAUGCCAUAGCACCUCAAAUGUUUUCUCAGAGUUGACAGCACCCUCCACCUUGCUCCACUUUCGUGCAUCACUUCCUUGUCUCCUACACCAAAUCCUCCAUCACUGAACAUGAAAUAAUGUGGCAAAGUUUUAGUACUGUAGGUGCUUUCUGUAACUUGUAAUAGUGCCAUUAUAUCAUCAACCUUUCCUUCCCUGGUAAUUCCCCCUUAGGAUCUCUGGCAUGAAUCACUUGGAAAAACACAACUAAACUCACAUUAAAAAUCUUAGCAGGUUAUUCAAAAGCAGCACUGUCACAGCCCUCUGAUGAAAAUGCCACAAAAAGAAGGUCUAGAGAAGAGAUGUGAAUGCUGUUCAGUGGGUAUCAACUGACACACUAACAUUAACCCCCUACACAAACUGGACAAAAUAUCAUCCACAUGAGAAGAGGGUGUAAGGGUUGCAAUUAUUCCCACUGCACCUCAGGCAGGGGAAAAUCACAUCAGUACUGAAUAUCUGUAUCCUACUUGUGCAUACAUACAUUCAAACUCAAAACUCACUAGAAAAUAUGAGUGCAAGGCAGAUAUGUCUUCAGUUCAUGCCUACCUAAAGGAAGAUAUCAGGGAAGAAACUCUGCUCUUCAAACGUCACAGAUAUCUCCUGACUUACAAAAGGAGAAGCUGCCUAAAGCCACAAGUUAAAUACCAGAAACAGGCUCAAAAAGUGAGGCAGAAAAGGAUCAAAAAAGGGUAAGUGAUAAAACAUAACAGAUUUAAGUUACACCCAGCAGUUCACUGAAUACCACACACACCAGCUGACACAUUUGUAAGAUCUUUGCAACAGAUGAACAGAGAAGACAGCAUAUCCCAAUUUAACAUACACCAAAAGAACCCAAACAACAAAAACAUCCACAGUGAGACUUUACAGCAACAAUAUACACAUUACUUGAAUUUAAAAAAAAUAUCUCAGGAGAAAAUCCCAUUCUUGCUUUAUCAGCAACCACAGGGAUCACUUGCUGCGGGCAGUUACACAGGAAGCAGUGACAACUUUCACUUGGAACUUUUCCCACUUUCACUUUCCAUAUGUAAGUGGAUUGGCAGGAGAUAGAAAUAUUCCCACUUGCUCCUGCCCCCAGACCAUCUAACACAUUUUCAGAAAAAAUUCACAACACAAUUAAAAGAACCCCCAAAAUAUAUAAAGGACAAACACUGCACGAAUGGUUAAUGAAAAAUCCUUUGUGACAUCUGCACAUUUAUUUCUAACUACCAACAUACCUAGGAUAAUUAACUCUGGAUACAGAGGUAUGAGAGAUGGCUCCAAAAAUAUUCUGCAAGAUUUUGCAGAAAGAGGAAAAACUCUUGCACUAGCAAAGCUGCAGGUGCUACAGAAAAAAUAAAAAGUAUUAAAAAAAAUAUACAUAUAAAUAGAACUUAAAAAGACUGAGAGACUAAGAGUAUCUGUCAAUAAAAAAUAUUAGAAAACACUAAAUUAACAGGCAAAAUAAACAUUACAUACAAAUAACAUUAGAGAAUGAAAUAAGAAAAAAACAGAUGCAGGUAAGUAAAGAAAUUUUAAAAUAAAACCCAAAAAAAGGAAACACACAAAACAGAUGAAAAAGACAAUCCUGAAACACAUCCCCAGCACAGCCACCCGAAAAACUUCUGCCACACUUUGAUCUCUGUAAUAGCACAGUAGUCAGGCUUCUGCCAGCAGCAGCCCUGAGAAAGUGGCAGCUCCCGUUCUCAUAGCAGUGUCCCCUUCUGGUCAUGAAAAGCACCAAAGUCCUCAGAAGAAAGCAAACGAAAAAAACAAAAGUGAAAACAGAAAAGGAAAACUAAAAAUGGUGAUGAAAACCUGGGUAUGGACAUAUAAAACUGCACACCCAGGAGCACCCCAAGCAAAGCAACCACCACUACUGAGCCAGACCAGGCUCCUGCACAGCACCUAAAGCUCCGCCAUGGUCGUACUUGGAUGUGCACAGCCCUGCCUGUGGUACAGCACCCUGGCACUGCUGCUCUUCAUCAUGACUCUUGCCACCGGCCUCCCGUGCCACCACCUGCGGACCCACGAUCCUGGGGAUGCCAUCCAGCUUCUUCAGGACAUGGCUCCCAGACGCACGCAGCCCUGCCACCUCCAAGAGCCGCCCUUCUUCCCUGACACCCUCCUCCACAACAACCUCCACCCGCACCAAGCCGCCGCCGCCGCCCUACGCAUCCUCCGGCAGCUCUUCCACACCCUCAGCAACAACAGCACCCGCCAGCACUGGCCCACCCAGGCUCGCAAAGACCUCCUCAACAAACUCCAGCACCACAUCCACCACCUCGAGCAAUGCCUCCCCGACAGUGCCACGCUCUUCAAAGGACCACGCAACCCGCGGCUCACCAUCAACAAGUACUUCAGGAAGAUCCACCGCUUCCUCCACGCCCACAACCACAGCGCCUGCGCCUGGGACCACGUCCGCCUCGAAGCUGUUGUUUGCUUCCAACACGUGGACAGACUCAUACGGCGAAUGAAGCACCAAGCUGCUCUGGACCCCACUAAACCCACGGAUAGCAAACACCCAUCUCCAGCCAGCACCAGUGACCAUGGAUUGAGUGGUGACAGCAGCAGCCCAGGCUGGGAUCACUCAGUCACACCUGAUCUGGCCAGAAUGAUGAGCUGAUGUAUGACCAUGGUGACACUGGGGUCAUUCUGUGGCACAGCCCACACACCCAAACCAGGGCCACUGGAGAGGAAGGCAGAGGAAAUUUCUGGACUACACACCCAUGGACAGCUGUGAGUCUUUGGGGAUGGUACUUAUUACCCGUUGGAACUAUCAUGUUCAUCCAGACUGCAACCUCACCUGAUGAAUGGGAAGGGGAUCAUGGACAGUGGGGAACCAUUGCGGUACUGUUAUGCCAAUCACUAUUUAUCACACAACUCUGUUUACUGACUUACAUAAUUAUUAAUUAACUUAAUUGUUUAUUUAUUCAUUUUCCCACCUGUUUAUUUAUUUAUUUAUUUGUUUGUUUGUUUGUUUGUUAUUUUGUUAGAAAUAAAACCAAAAAAGAACGAAAAAGCAAAGCUGUGGUCAUUGUGCUUCAUGCUUAUACCUGAUGUGGCAAAGACAAUAGUCCCUACAGGCAGGCAGGGAUGAGUCUCCCUCCUGCACCCUAUCUUGCUAAUGCUUCCUGCCUGGGUCAAAGGCCACAGAAAGCAGACCAUUCUCAAGUAAUGGUGGUCCUGCAAUCCCCAGGCAUCUCUUACAGCUACCAGACUGUUGGGGACCCAUUUGCCCCAGAUGGCACGAUGCCUGCCCUGCACACUUUCUCCUCUUCCACCACCACACUCUCUCUUCUGGACCCUCCAGUAAUGCCAAGACAUGAAAGCCAAACCAUCAUCCCACCACCAACAACCAUUCCACAAUGCCACAGCACUGCUUUGGAAGAAACAGGGUGGCAUAAACAAGGUGCAACUCAAAGAAUCAAGGAGGGGACCCAUCAAGGUCUGCAGAGAUUUGGACAAAGAACAGAAGCCCAGUGCUACCAACUCCACGCAAGAAACACCAAAACGACAAAACCAACAGACAUCCAGAACUGCUCACUGCUUUGCUACAGCCACCACAACUGGUCCAGGAUACUCCUGCCUGUGCUUAGACCUCAGUGGCGAUGGGGACCUGCUACAGUACACAGAGCACAUUGUCCUUGUGCUUCUUCACCCCAACACAUCAUUGGCAAGCAAAGAGAUCCAUCACCCAAACACCACCACCCAUCAUGGUCCAACCGAUGAGCACAGCAUUCCUCAUGAAGGAAACUGCCCACACAUCACCCGUAUCAGUUGCUGCUUCAUCCUCCAACCACCAACCCAACAGCAUCUCCCUAGGUCAGCACUCUGGCCCCCUCCUGCGUGGGACAAAAAGGUUGUUUCCUGUACUCAAACACCCCCACUACUGCAUCACUGCAAGGACACUGCACUGUGCAAACAAAAAUUAUCACCGCCCAUUUAGCUGAGUGAGAAAACAAGAGGACCAAACAGAAUCAUGAAGGUUGGAAAAGACCUCCAAUAUCAUGAAGCCCAGCUUUUGACCAAAUACCAUUAAUCCAUAUCGUGAAUCUACUCCAUUUUUGAACACUUCCAGGGAUGGUGACACCACCACUUUCCUAGGGAGUCUGUUCCAAUGCUUGACCACUCCUUCAGUGAAGAAAUUUUCCCUAAUAUCCAACCUGAACUUCCUCUGGCACAAUUGAGGCCAUUUUCCUUUCCUAUUGCUAGUUGCUGGGAGGGAAGGCUGACCCCCAUACAGUUAUAACCUUCUUUUGGAUCAUUGUAGACAGCAUUAUGGUGCCCCCAAGCCUCCUUUUCCCCACACUAAACUCCUCCAGUUCCCUAAGCUGUUCCUUAGACAACUCACUCCACUGACCCUUCCCCAGCUCCAUUUCCUUCUCUGGACAUGCUCCAGCACCUCAGUGUCCUUCUUGCUGUGAGGAAACAAAGCUGAACAUAAGAUUCCAGGUGUGGCCUCACCACUGCCCCAGCACAGGGGGAUGGCCACUGCCCUGGUCCUGCUGGCCACACUAUUGCUGACACAAGCCAUUGGCCUCCUUGGCCACCUGGGCACACCCUGGCUCAUGUUCAGCCACUCAUAACCAGCACCUCCAGGUCCUUUCCCACUCAGCAGCUUUCCAGCCACUCUGUCCCAGCCUGGAGCUGCAGGGGUUGUUGUGACACAGGGACAGGACCCAGCACUUGGCCUUGUUGAACCUCACACCAUUGGCCUCAGCCCAUGGACCCAGCCUGUCCUGAUCCCUGGGCAGAGCCUUCCUGCCCUCCAGCAGAUCAACACUCCCACCCAACUUGGCACUGUUCUCAAACUGACUGAAGGUGCUCUCAAUUCCCUCAUCCAGAUCAUCAGUAAGGACAUCAAACAGGGCUGGCCUCAGAACUGAACCCUGGGGAACACCACUAGUGACCACCUGCCUGCUGCAAGUAACUCCAUUCAUCAGUACUCUCUGGGGCAGGCCAUCAGCGAGAAUUCUAUGGUAUACAGAGGCAAAAACUUCUCUAAAGUCCAGGAAGUCAACAUCCCUGGACUUUCUCUCAUCCACUAAGAGGCUCACUGUGUUACAGAAGGAGAUUGGGUCGGGCAGUUAUGCCUUUCACAAACCCAUGCUGGCUGUGCCUAAUCCCCUGGAUCUCCUGUACAUGCCAUGUGAUGGGCACUCAAGAACAUCUCCAUGAGCUUCCCCAGCAUCAAGGUCAGGCUGACAGGCCUGUAGUUUCCUGGAUUCUACUUCUGACCCUUUUCGUAGAUAACCAUUACAUUGGCCACCCUCCAGUCCCCUGGGACCUCCUUGGUUAGCCAGGACUGCUGGUAAAUGAUGGGGAGUGGAUUGGUGAGCUUUUCCACCAGCUCUCUUGUAUAUUCAGGUACACAGCAGGACCUCUCAACAUGAAACUUCCACAUUGUACCACUGUCCUCCUAAUGCUCCUAUCCAGAGGUACCCUAUGAUGUCAGGAAUGAGCACUUCAUUUGUUCUGUCUUUUCUGAGGUGGUUGAAGGAACUAAACCACUCUCAGACAAAAACAGGAAUGGUAGUAAUGACACAAGCCAGAAUACAGGGAAUUCAAACAUGAAAGAAUAGAUGCAUUUGUAAUUAUUUUUUGUAUUGUGAUAAUACAACACCAGAAUAGGGAUUAGAGAGGUUCAGUGAUAGCCACUCCUGGAGACAUUAUCUCAAAGCAUCACUGGAAAAUGACGUGAAUAGGCUCUUCUGAUAUCACCUUCUCUCUGCACUAUACUACACUUGGGAUAUCCAGGGCAAAACAGACAACUAUAUAUAAUUUUAAAAAUCCUCUACUGUUCAAAAGCAACAGAUUAGAGGAGACUUCAACCCCUUCACAAGGAAAGUCAAAUUGCAAAGAGACAAAUUGCAAGAGACUGCAGAAGCUCCAUCAACACCCAUUCAGUGCUCAGGUGCUUAGACCCAGAGCCACCUCCUCAACUUAAUGACUUAAUGAGCUCCUGAGGUUCCUGACAAAUAAAAAAUUUCAAAACUCUUUCAAAGGCUAAAAAGGAACAAUUUAUUCAUAUGAAAACAAAGAAAACAAGUAGACUAAAAAACACCAAAAACUCUAAUGAAGAAUUACAAAAAGACUUGUGAAGAGUCCCAAGCAGAAUGGAAGCUUUGCACAGCAUUUAUCAGGGAAGGCUUCUGGCUGAGGUUCAGAAAGGACCUCCUUGCUUGCUAAACUCCUUCUCAGAGAAGUCUAGGUGCAGCUUAAUCAAAUCCUUACCUCAGACUUGGUAAAUGGUUCAUGUCUAAAGAAUUAUAUUGGUGUGAUUGAGCCUUUAUACGACUUCGUCCUGCAAGAUUAUGGACAAACCCAUGUAUACAGGGAACAUAUUUAUAUGGGAAAAACAAAUUAUUAAAAUUGAUUAUGACAAUGAUCAAAGAAAUUUGAUCAGAAUUAUUUAUGACACAUUACAGAGAGUUGUGACUACUUCUGGAGUGCUCUAUUACACCAAUCCUUUAAAAGCCAGCUUAAUAAUGAACUAGAGAACAAUGCAAUUAACCCAGUGACUUUCUAUCAGCCUCAAAGAAUAACCUAGAGGUGUUGUCCGCACUCCAGGGAGGAACUUCCAUGCACACCAGCAGAAAAUGUGCGCUGGAAACACCUGCAGUUAAGGUCUAAAACUGGAAUUUUACAGAAAAGAAAAUUAUUGACUCUAACGCAUUAUAAACUAUGACAGCUCCAACAGCUCAGCAGCUUACCAGCAACUUAACAGUUGCUCCUUACUAAAUUACCUAUACCACCACUUCUUUUUCUACACUACAAACGCAGAUGGCACAAUCCCAACAGUGACAAUUACAGUCAGGAAACAGUACUUUAAAUAUUCUCAUAAUGCAUGACCUUAGAGGAGAUUAUGAGAUUGAUUUAAGUACUGUUCAAAACAGAAAGCUCGGUUACUUCCCCUGUCCAACAUCACACAUAAGUUUAGGAAAAAGGGAAAAGUCCAAGAUACUAUACAACAACUAAAGCAGAGUGUCCUGCUAAGGGCAAGAACGGAAAUUCACAGAAACACAAGAGGAAUGAGACAUGCGCCAAGAGAGAAAGAAAAACCAAAAAACCCACAACAUCAUUGAACCUCAGCAUUGUCCAGCAAUUUCAAGUUUCCACACUCCACACGUACAAAAACACAUCCCCAAAACUACCUCCACAGAUAAGGAAACAAUUACAACACCAUCUCCAGCAAUGGACACCCCAACUAAACACUGACCCACAACCACCAGCCCAGCCUGGAAACCACAGGCGGAAACUCCCAGCAACCAGAAAGCAAGGAAGGGAAAGCUGCCGCGGUACAAAGCCGCACGCCCGGCAGCACCCCAAGCACAGCCACCAUCAGCACCGCCAGGCCUCACCAGGCUCCUGCUCAGCACCACCCCACAGCUCCCACGC